GCUGGGAAUAAGCCAGCCAGGAGACAUGGCAGAGAGGCACCAGUUACUCUCCCAGGUGAGUUAACAUGCCACUGUUUCCGCUUCAUCUUUAUCCAGCACCCACCCCUCACCUUCCACAUCCUGAAGAAGAGAGAGGGGCAGCUGGAGGGCUUCCAUGCAGAUCCGGCUCUACACACAGGUUUGAGAAUACACUCAGCAGUUUCUCAUCCUGGUCCAGGCGAUAUUUAUAGAGGGACCAGUGACAUGGAGCUGGAAGCCUACUACUGGUGACUAAGGAGGGGGGCAAUGCCACCGGCUCAGCAGAGGGAAUUCCCUGUGGGGCUGUCCCUCAGGUCCUCAUCCCAACCCCCACCCCCACACUGCACUCACACCUGCUUCGACCCCAAGCAGAUCAGAUGUGGUGGUGGGGGGUCAUGUGACGGAGAGGGGGCUAUAAAUAGCUAGAGGUGGGCAUGCUGCCCCAGACGCCUUGGGGACAGCAAGAGCAGAGGCUUAAGGAGCUACACUGGGGGAAGGACAGGGGCAAGCAGGCCAAGGCCUGCCUGGGGAUCGGGGGGAGGGAACAUGGAACAAUCCCGGUCACAGCAGCAUGGGGGUGAGCAAAGCUGGUGGGGUAGUGCCCCCCAGUACCAGUAUAUGCCCUUUGAACACUGCACCAGCUACGGACUGCCCUCUGAGAACGGGGGCCUCCAGCACAGGCUCCGGAAGGAUGCAGGCCCCCGACACAACGUCCACCCCACACAGAUUUAUGGCCAUCACAAAGAACAAUUCUCAGACAGGGAAUGGGACAUGGGGAUGCCCAAGAAGACGGACUCCAGUUCUACUGUGGACAGCAAGGAUGAGGAUCACUACUCCAAAUGUCAAGAUUGUGUCCGCCGCCUGGGACAGAUGGUGAGAAGAAAGUUAGGGGAAGACUGGAUCUUUCUGGUGCUUCUGGGACUGCUGAUGGCCCUGGUCAGCUGGAGCAUGGACUAUGUCAGUGCCAAAAGCCUUCAGGCCUACAAGUGGUCCUAUGCUCAGAUGCGGCCCAGCCUUCCUCUGCAGUUCCUGGUUUGGGUCACCUUCCCACUCGUCCUCAUCCUCUUCAGCGCCCUCUUCUGCCACCUCUUCUCUCCCCAGGCUGUUGGCUCCGGAAUCCCCGAGAUGAAGACAAUACUUCGUGGGGUUGUCCUGAAGGAAUAUCUCACAAUGAAAGCCUUUGUGGCCAAGGUUGUCGCACUGACUGCGGGCCUGGGCAGUGGCAUCCCUGUGGGGAAAGAGGGCCCCUUCGUCCACAUUGCCAGCAUCUGUGCUGCUGUCCUCAGCAAGUUCAUGUCUGUGUUCUGCGGGGUAUAUGAGCAGCCAUACUACUACUCUGAUAUCCUGACGGUGGGCUGUGCUGUGGGAGUCGGCUGUUGUUUUGGGACACCACUUGGAGGUGUGCUAUUUAGCAUCGAGGUCACCUCCACCUACUUUGCUGUUCGGAACUACUGGAGAGGAUUCUUUGCAGCCACGUUCAGUGCCUUCAUGUUCCGAGUGCUGGCCGUGUGGAACAAGGAUGCUGUCACCAUCACUGCUCUAUUCAGAACCAAUUUCCGAAUGGAUUUCCCCUUUGACCUGAAGGAACUCCCAGCUUUUGCUGCCAUCGGGAUUUGCUGUGGGCUCCUGGGAGCUGUAUUUGUGUAUCUGCAUCGCCAAGUCAUGCUCGGUGUCCGAAAGCACAAGGCCCUCAGCCAGUUUCUUGCUAAGCACCGCCUGCUGUAUCCUGGAAUCAUUACCUUUGUCAUUGCCUCAUUCACCUUCCCACCAGGAAUGGGUCAAUUCAUGGCUGGAGAGCUGAUGCCCCGCGAAGCCAUCAGUACUUUGUUUGACAACAAUACAUGGGUGAAACAUGCAGGUGACCUCGAGAGCCUGGGCCAGUCGGCUGUGUGGAUUCACCCCCAGGUCAACGUUGUCAUCAUCAUCUUUCUCUUCUUCAUCAUGAAGUUCUGGAUGUCCAUCGUGGCCACCACUAUGCCUAUACCCUGCGGAGGCUUCAUGCCCGUUUUUGUGCUAGGAGCUGCAUUUGGAAGGCUGGUAGGAGAGAUCAUGGCCAUGCUGUUUCCUGAUGGUAUUUUAUUUGAUGACAUCAUCUACAAAAUCCUACCUGGGGGCUAUGCAGUGAUUGGAGCCGCAGCACUGACUGGUGCCGUGUCCCACACAGUCUCCACAGCUGUGAUUUGCUUCGAAUUAACGGGUCAGAUUGCUCACAUCCUACCCAUGAUGGUGGCUGUUAUCUUGGCCAACAUGGUGGCUCAGAGCCUGCAGCCCUCUCUCUAUGACAGCAUCAUCCAGGUCAAGAAGCUACCCUACCUGCCUGACCUUGGCUGGAACCAGCUCAGCAAAUAUACCAUCUUUGUUGAGGACAUCAUGGUGCGUGAUGUGAAGUUUGUUUCAGCUUCUUACACAUAUGGGGAGUUGCGAACCCUGCUCCAGACCACCACAGUCAAGACUUUACCACUGGUUGACUCAAAAGAUUCCAUGAUCCUGCUGGGCUCGGUGGAGCGGUCGGAACUGCAGGCCCUCCUGCAGCGCCACCUGUGUCCUGAGCGCAGGCUGCGCGCGGCCCAGGAGAUGGCGCGGAAGUUGUCCGAGCUGCCUUACGACGGGAAGGCGCGGCUGACUGGGGAAGGGCUCCCCGGCGCGCCUCCAGGCCGGCCCGAGUCGUUCGCCUUUGUGGAUGAGGAUGAAGACGAAGACUUCUCUGGGAAGAGCGAGCUGCCUCCUUCCUCUGCUCCCCACUCCUCUCCUACUGUCCCCCUGUCCCCAGAAGAGCCCAAUGGGCCUCUGCCUGGCCACAAACAGCAGCCGGAAGCACCAGAGCCUGCAGGUCAAAGACCCUCCAUCUUUCAGUCCCUGCUUCGCUGCUUCCUGGGCAGAGCUCACCCCACAAAGAAGAAAGCAACCCAGGAUUCCACAGAUUUAGUCGAUUACAUGUCACCUGAAGAGAUUGAGGCCUGGGAGCAGGAGCAGCUGAGCCAGCCUGUCUGCUUUGAUUCCUGCUGUAUUGACCAGUCUCCCUUCCAGCUGGUGGAGCAGACAACCCUGCACAAGACUCAUACCCUGUUCUCACUCCUCGGCCUCCACCUCGCUUACGUGACCAGCAUGGGGAAGCUAAGGGGCGUCCUGGCCCUGGAGGAGCUACAGAAGGCCAUUGAGGGGCACACCAAGUCUGGGGUACAGCUCCGCCCUCCCCUUGCCAGCUUCCGGAACACAACUACAACUCGAAAGAGUCCCGGGGGACCCUCACCUUCUGCAGAGAACUGGAACCUGACUGAGAACGGGCCUGGGGACACUGGAGCAGGGGAUGUGACUGCUGCUUCCCCAGAGACCCCUGUGCCAUCUCCCUCCCCAGAGCCCCCUCUCUCCCUGGCCCCAAGCAAGGCAGAGGGUGAGCUGGAGGAGCUGGAGCUGGUGGAGAGUCCAGGGCUGGAAGAGGAACUAGCCGACAUCUUACAAGGCCCCAGCCUGCGAUCCACAGAUGAGGAGGAUGAGGAUGAACUGAUCCUUUGAUCCCCUCCCAUGACCCCCUUAUAAAGACUGUCGAGAGGCCCAGCCUGAGGGUGGACUUAUGUGGGACAGGGUACAUCCUGAAUUUGGAAAGGUCAUGCCCAUGUCGUGGCCUCUUCCAGGAAUUUUUUUAAUGUGAUAGUGUUAGUCUUAAAGGAGGAAUCAGCAUUUAGGCAGGGAAGAGCCUUGGUCAAUUUUUUCGACUGUUCUCCCCAUUCCCAGCCUGGCAGGUGGCCCCAACCUUAGCGAAGGGCCCCUGAUAUUCCAUGGGGCUUCCUGAGUGUUCCUGGUGUGCAGGUAGGGAAUACCCUGCCUCCCCUCCCCCAACAAUUCCCCAGUGCUCUUGUCCCAGCACCUUGCUACCUGUGCUUCAGGGUCUCCAAGAGGUAGGGUAAGGGGAGGCCCAGAAUGACUGUGGCCCUGCAAGUGCCAUACUGGAGGAGGGGAUGGGACCAUCCAGUGGCCUCAGCCACUGACUACCCCAGAACGUGCCUCCAGGCCAGCCACAGCCGCCUCUCUUAGAGCCCUGCGCUGGCCCACAUCCGCUGCUGCUCCUGCAAUCUGCCUCUGACCCCUCCCUGGCUCCCAUUGCCUGUCUCCAGGCCAGGCCGUUACUAGGGCAAUGAAAGGCCACCCACAUUCCCCCUCCGUUGUCCCCUGCUUCAAGCAGUGAGAUGCAGAGAAAAAGACUAUCAGGGGCAGCAGGCUGGAAGAAAAGGUCGCUGACGGCUCUGUGCAAAAGAAGCAGGUGCCCUGUUGCCCAACAGUCCCGCCCCCAGGGUAUCUGCUGACUCCCUCUGGCAGAAAACCCUUCUAUUCCACAGCACAGCUUCCUCGCCUGCCAGUGUCCAGGUUACUCCCUAGGAAAUGCAUCCUCCCUCUCUCCACUGUAGUUACUGACUCUCCUGCCAAAGGUCAGCUCUGCCCUGGAGCUGCUCUAGCCAGGGCCUUUCCUGCCAAGAAUCAGGGCUCAGAGCAGCUAGGUCACUGGGUCACUCAGACACCAGCCCCCUCUUAGACUAGUUCUUCAGAUGCCUGUCCUAGGGUUGGAGAGUUAGGAGUUGAGUGACAAGAUGGCAGGGCUCUGGAGUGCUGCCCACACUUGGGACAGUUACAUCUUCACCCUCCCCAGAUCAGCAGCAGGAAGCCUGGCUAUGUGCUCCAUCAGCAUGCUUUCUCUAGAAAGGGAGGCCAGGUGCUGUGAGCAUCCCCAAACCCUUGCUCCAUACCCAAGGCUUUUCUCCCCCACCCUGCCAACCCGUCUGCCUUAAUUCUGCCAUUAUGUCCCCUCUCUGACAUUCUCCUCCUUUUCCUCCCCUCUUCCCAGUCUCCUCCAUCCCCCAAAUAAGACACUCAUAGUCAGAGGA